GAUAUGUACGCUCCACUUCGGCCGUUACGUGGUCUUAUCCAAGGUGUUUACGUACCGGUAACAAAUGACAUAAAAGAACGCCAGGAAAUAUCCAAGUCAAACACAAAACGUGCCGGAGUGAAAACGCCAGGAUGGUUUUAGAAACAAUCUCACGGAUAAUCAAGCACCAGCUUCCAGCGUACCUCAAGAAGCUUCCUCUUCCGGAGACGAUCGGCGGGUUUGCAAGGUUAACAGUGUCCGAGUGGCUGCGGUUGCUGCCCCUCCUGGGCAUCCUGGCGUUGCUCGGCUACCUGACCAUUCGCCCGUUCCUGCCUAAGAAGAAGAAGCAGAGAGACAGCCUCAUCAACCUCAAGAUCCAGAAGGAGAACCCAAAGGUUGUCAACGAGAUAGACAUCGAGGACCUGAACAGUGCUAAUGUGUGCUACUGCCGCUGCUGGCGCUCCAAAACCUUUCCUGUUUGCGAUAAGUCACACUUGAAGCACAACGAGCUGACCGGAGACAACGUGGGACCACUCAUUCUCAAAAAGAAGAUCCUAUAAUCGAUCAACUUGGAGUUUUCCCUCUCACCUGACCAGGAUUUAGUUUUAUAUGUUGUUCUCACCUUGGAGUAGUAUGUGUGAUUGUCAGAAGCAAUAACUUCCAGUCUUUAUUUGAAGUGGCCCCAACACACAGAAAUGACAUUUCCUGUAUUUUUGUUAGCGAGGAGGGCUUUUCAUUUACUGUAGCUUUUGACAAGCCACUGGGACCACGUGGAGGUGAUGUUAUGUGGACUGAUCUGCACUCUGCAAAAAGGCUCUUUUCUUCAUUAAAUGGGUGAAAUACCUAUUAACAGUCUAAGUGUUGUGAGCUGUACAUUUCCAGUUUGCCUGAUUCUUUGGAGUUAUUUAAGUCAUUUCCCAUCUUCCUGACUUUCACUGUGCCAAACUUUAACACACAUGUAAAAUACUAUAUUAAACCAUAGCGUGCCUAUUGA